AUGCUCCAUCAAAUCAUUGUCAAAAGGUCUCUCAAUCAUUGGAAUAUAUGUGUGUUUUAUAAAUUAUUAUUUCUUCUCUUAUUUUAUCGAUGUGAGACUUGUUUGUAUCCCAACACUAUAAAUUUCAAUUCUUGCUUGGAACAGGUCAAUAAACUGGAAGAAAGUAUAGAUGUCAUAAAUUCAGGAACAAAGCCCCUUGCUGCAUAUAUAUUUACAACCGACAAGAAGUUCAAGGAACAGUUCGUAAUGAAUGUUUCUGCCGGGGGUUUGCUUGUCAAUGACACUGCCUUACAUCUUGUGGUUCAUACUUUGCCAUUCGGGGGAGUUGGGGAGAGUGGGAUGGGAGCGUACCACGGGAAGUUCUCCUUUGAUGCUUUUACACACAAAAAAGCUGUUCUUUAUCGCAGUUUUGCUGGUGAUGGAUCAAUAAGGUACCCACCGUACACGGAUACAAAACUGAGAUUGAUGAGGGCUCUUAUUGGUGGUAGUAUCCUUGGCAUACUUCGUGCUCUUUUCAGAUGGUCCUAAGUUUAAUUUUUUUUCAAAUCUAGCUGGUGUUGAUGUAUCUUUAGUUCUGCCUUAUUUGUAUUUUGGCAUGCUGUUUAGUUUUUCUAUUGAUUUUGUUUUUAAGGAAAUCCAAUAAGCGAGGCUUGCCCUUGAAAAAGCAAAUUAACUAUUGUUAAUUCUCUUCAUGAUUUUGUUAAUAUGUCUCGUUUUUGUAAUGCGAAUAAGUUGUGAUAUUGUGUACACAUGUACAUAUAACAUGCCCUUCGGCUUCGCGGAGGGAUAAGGUUAUUCUGAUAAGAUUUAUUUUCA